GUACUUCUUGGUAAAGAAGUGUGUAGUGGAAGCCUAUAAAAUAGAAAAAAAAGGAAAGGGACACGUGGAAGAGGUGUAAAGGAGUAUAUGGGCCCACCGCAUAUUCUCCUUAAUAUUAUUAUUAUUAUUAUUAUUUCUGAGAGGGAACCAAAAAAGAAAACCCGGGUAAAUCCUCUUAAGUUUCCCGCCAAACUAUUAUUCCCAAACUAAUAAAAUAUAAGUACUGUUUUCUAACUCUAGCUUCCUCUGUAAUCUUCUCUUCUCUAGUUUAUGGUUUCCACAGGCUUUGCUUUGCUCCUCAAUAAAAAUGGAGAAGACAUACCAGUAGACUACAAAAAUCCCACCUUUACCAUACAAACAAACAAGAAGAAGAAGAAAAAACCCAUCUUUAUUCCUUAUUAACCUUAACCCUAAUCAUAACCGCCAUUUCUCGUCUCUCUUUCUGUAGAGUUUGAGUAGUUGAAGAGACACAAGAACGAGAGGAUGUUCUACUCCCAUACUUUUCUGGCUCGGAAGGGACCCUUGGGAACAGUGUGGUUCGCUGCCCAUUUGCAGAACAAGCUCAAGAAAUCCCACUAUAUCUCCACUGAUAUCUCCUCUACUGUUGAACGAAUCAUGUUUCCUGAGGUUCCUCUUGCACUAAGAAUGUCAGGCCAUCUCUUAUUGGGUAUUGUUCGAAUAUACUCGAAGAAAGUCCAUUAUCUUCACGAGGAUUGUACUGCUAUUUUUACUAGCUUGAUGAAGGCCUUUGCUCCUUCUUCUUCUCUAGACCUUACUUUGCCAGAUGAUAAAAGGCACGCACCUGUUCAAGAUGUCACUUUGCCAAUCAUAUUCGAGCUCGAUGCCAUGGAUUUGGAUUUUGAUGUUAAUCUUGAUGGGGCAUUUGACCAACAUCUCAAGAGUUAUGAAGAUAUCACAAUGACAGAUUAUACAAAUCAAAUUCCAAUGGAAACGGUUUUAUUCUCUUUAAAUUUACAUGAGGAUAUGUAUGAUACUUCACACCCAGUGGAGAAUCCUCCUUCAAAUGAAAAAGAUAUGGAAGAUGUUGUCCAUCCAGUCCAACCAGACAUAGGGAAUGAUGAUGAAAUCCCUUUUAACUUUACUAGCCACAACGUUCCAGAUGAUGUUGUCCAAGAUCCUGGCUCAAGUCAUCAUGCAGAAAUUCCAGUGCAUAGUGGUGACAAUUCUGCUGAUGUUCCACUUGAACGAAUGCGUGAUGAUGUACAUGAUAGCCCGGGAAUCCCAACAAUGUUUACUAGUGUUACUGGUGACACUCCUGAGCCACCAGCAUUUGUAGAAACGAAGGAGACAGAUGCUAUUCCUCCUGUUACUGAUGAUAAUUUGGGUCUUGGAGGGCAAGUUUCACCAUUGCAGCAAAGUUCAGGACCACGAGCAUCGGUUGCUUCCUUAGGAGAGGACCUAAUAGGAUCUGUUUCAUAUGCAAUGCAACCAUCACCAUCAGCUCAGAAACCAAAAGUUAGAGCAAGAAAAAGAAAACAACUUUAUGAUGAAGCCCCAGUAUUGACUAAUAAGUUUAUGAAGAAGGCACUUGAAGAUCCUAGUAAUUUAUUGCGCAAAAGGAGGAAAAUCCCAUCCACUGUGUUGGGUAUAUGGAAGUUAAAAGUUAAUUUGAGAAAGGAACAGGUUUUCUUUGAGUCAUCCAUUACUGGAUUAUGUUCUGAUCUUUGUAAUAUUUUUGACAAGGACUACAUGUCCUCAAAGCUUCAGCAUUUAGAGGUGGCUUGUCCAGAUUCUGCGGCUCCAUCUCCUGGUUCUGCACCUGAUAUUUUCCCCGAGCCUGGGCUUCCCGGGUCUCCUGCUCAUAUUCCUACAACUGCAACUGCAACUGAUGCUUCACCACAAAAUGAAAAUGCAGAGUUUCAAACUCCUAUUAAUGAAAAUAUACCGGAAUUUGAAGGUUCUACACAUGUUACAGACCAUGACAAUAUUAUUCCUUCGCCUAGAGAUGUUUCACCAUCUGAAACUGCAAAAUCUACUCCAUUCCCAGAGAUGGAAACUGGAAGACAUGAAUUUCCAACGCCAGAUUUUUCGGUUCCAUCCAGACGUGACGAGUCUGAUUUGGAGACACUUGAUGAAUAUACGAGGGAUCGUACUAAUCUCUCUACUAUUCCCGAACCAAAUACUGCAGAAGCAGAAGACCUGUGGUUUCUGGAGGCUGACAACAAUACACCUGAAGGUUCUCAAGGAACACAAGGAAUUGACUCCUUAUCUAUCAGAACAAGGGCCAUGGCACAGUUUUUAAAGAGACAAUCACCAACUUCCACAAUUUCAGAAGGUCUAUUUGGAGAUCUCAGUUUGAACAAACUGCUAGAAGGGAAGACAAGAAGGCUAUGUGCUCGAAUGUUCUCGGAAACACUGGUGCUGAAGAGCAGUGGUCUAGUAGAUGUACAACAAGAAGUACCUUAUGGUGAUAUCACUAUAAAGUUGACAGCAGAACUUUCAAAGGCUCAAAUCUAACAUGACUCUUGUGCUUGCCCAGCGCUAUGUCAGGUCAUUUUGAUAUUUUUCUCAUAACAUUGGCAGAUGGAUGGGACAAGGUUUUGUACAGAAAUCAAAUUUUGACAUAAAACAGCCAUAGGUUGUAAUUAUUUGUGGGUUAUUUAUGUGUUUGGUGAAGUUUAGUUAAGAGCCAUAGUUUGUAAUUAGUGGGGUUAAUUAUUGUUUGUUGUUAGAGUUUCUGUUUAUAAGAGUACUAAUUCAUUGUUUGAUAUUUUUUAAUACAUUGGGAAAAGGGGGAAUUAACGUGUGUAACACCUUUUCUAAUUCUUUUUUACUGUACUUUUGUUUCUA